GGCCGUUCCCUCGCCCGCGAUUCCCGCUUCUGCCUGCGGAUCUGAGAAGGGAGCAUGGAGAGGACGCCUCUCUUCUGCGCCGCGUUCGCGCUCGCCCUGACCGUGGCCGGCGCCUUCCGUAACGAUAAAUGUGGGGACACCAUCAGAAUCGAGAGCCCCGGUUACCUGACGUCCCCCGGAUACCCACACUCCUACCACCCGAGCGAGAAAUGCGAGUGGCUGCUACAAGCACCCGAUCAGUACCAGAGAAUCAUGAUCAACUUCAACCCCCACUUCGACCUGGAAGACAGGGAGUGCAAGUAUGACUACGUGGAGGUUAUUGAUGGGGACAGUGAGCAUGGACGGCCAUGGGGCAAGUUCUGCGGGAAGAUUGCCCCUUCCCCUGUCGUGUCCUCGGGGCCCACCCUCUUCGUCCGGUUUGUGUCUGACUACGAGACGCAUGGUGCAGGCUUCUCCAUCCGCUACGAGAUCUUCAAACGAGGUCCUGAGUGCUCCCAGAACUACACGAGCCCCAGCGGUGUGAUAAAGUCCCCAGGAUUCCCAGUGAAGUACCCCAACAGCCUUGAGUGCACCUACAUCAUCUUUGCCCCAAGGAUGUCGGAGAUCAUUCUAGAGUUUGAGAGCUUUGACCUGGAGCCUGACUCCAACCCCCCGGGAGGCGCAUUCUGUCGCUAUGACCGGCUGGAGAUCUGGGAUGGCUUCCCUGAAGUUGGCCCUCACAUAGGGCGCUACUGUGGACAGAAGACGCCGGGUCGGAUCCGCGCUUCCUCGGGCAUCCUGUCCAUGGUGUUCUACACUGACAGUGCCAUAGCCAAAGAAGGCUUCUCGGCCAACUAUAGCAUCCUACAAGGCAGCAUCUCGGAAGAUUUCAAAUGCAUGGAAGCUCUGGGCAUGGAAUCAGGGGAGAUCCAUUCUGACCAGAUCACUGCCUCCUCCCAGUACAGCACCAACUGGUCCGCAGAGCGCUCCCGGCUGAACUACCCUGAGAAUGGAUGGACGCCGGGGGAGGACUCCUACCGAGAGUGGAUACAGGUAGACCUGGGCCUCCUGCGCUUCGUCACGGCCGUGGGGACACAGGGGGCCAUUUCCAAGGAGACCAAGAAGAGAUACUUUGUGAAGACGUACAGGAUAGACAUCAGCUCCAAUGGGGAGGACUGGAUCACUCUGAAGGAAGCCAACAAGCCCCUAAUCUUCCAGGGGAACUCAAACCCCACCGAUGUUGUAUUAGGAAUUUUCCCCAAGCCGCUGAUCACACGGUUUGUCCGAAUCAGGCCCAUGACCUGGGAAACGGGCAUAUCCAUGCGCUUCGAGAUCUAUGGCUGCAAGAUUACAGAUUACCCCUGCUCCGGGAUGCUGGGCAUGGUAUCCGGGCUCAUUUCUGACUCCCAGAUCACAGCCUCCAACCAGGGGGACCGGAACUGGAUGCCCGAGAAUGUGCGCCUGGUGACAAGCCGCUCCGGCUGGGCCCUGCCUCCUGCAUCCCAUCCCUACACCAAUGAGUGGCUCCAGGUGGACCUGGGUGAGGAGAAGGUGGUGCGGGGCAUCAUCGUGCAGGGGGGCAAGCACCGGGAGAACAAGGUGUUCAUGAAGAAGUUCAAGAUCGGGCACAGCCACAAUGGUUCCGACUGGAAGAUGAUUAUGGAUGACAGCAAGCGCAAGGCCAAGUCUUUCGAGGGCAACAACAACUAUGACACGCCUGAACUGCGGACAUUCCCACCACUGUCCACGCGUUUCAUCAGGAUAUACCCAGAGAGGGCCACGCACGGUGGACUGGGGCUACGCAUGGAGCUGCUGGGCUGUGAGCUGGAAGCACCCACAGCAGGGCCAACCACCCCCAAUGGGAACCCAGUAGAUGAGUGUGAUGAUGACCAGGCCACCUGCCACAGCGGCACAGGGGACGAUCUACAGCUCACAGGUGGCACCACUGUGUUGAGCACGGAGAAACCCACAGUGAUAGACAGCACCAUACAAUCAGAGUUCCCCACGUACGGAUUCAACUGUGAGUUUGGCUGGGGCUCACACAAGACCUUCUGCCGCUGGGAGCAUGACAGCCAGGUGCAGCUCAGGUGGAGUGUGCUGACCAGCAAGACUGGGCCCAUCCAGGACCACACAGGGGACGGCAACUUCAUCUACUCCCAGGCUGAUGAGAACCAGAAGGGCAAAGUGGCCCGGCUGGUGAGCCCCGUGGUAUCGUCACAGAGCAGUGCCCACUGCAUGACCUUUUGGUAUCACAUGUCUGGCUCCCAUGUGGGCACACUAAGAGUCAAGCUGCACUACCAGAAGCCAGAGGAGUACGACCAGCUGGUGUGGAUGGCCAUUGGACACCAGGGAGACCACUGGAAGGAGGGCCGCGUGCUGCUGCACAAGUCACUGAAGCUUUACCAGGUGAUUUUUGAGGGGGAAAUCGGCAAAGGAAACCUGGGCGGGAUCGCUGUGGACGACAUCAGCAUCAAUAACCACAUCUCUCAGGAGGACUGUGCAAAACCUGCAGACCUGGAUAGAAAGAACUCAGAAAUUACCAUUGAUGAAACAGGCAGCACCCCGGGAUAUGAAGGCGAAGGGGAAGGGGACAGGAAUAUCUCUCGGAAGCCGGGCAACGUCCUGAAGACCCUGGACCCCAUCCUCAUCACCAUUAUCGCUAUGAGCGCCCUGGGUGUGCUCCUGGGUGCCGUGUGUGGGGUGGUGCUGUACUGCGCCUGCUGGCACAAUGGCAUGUCGGACAGGAACUUGUCUGCCCUGGAGAACUACAACUUUGAGCUCGUCGACGGCGUCAAGUUGAAAAAGGACAAGCUGAACACACAGAGCAGUUACUCAGAAGCGUGAAGGCAGACGGCCAGGCGG